UUUCAUUCUGCUGAUAAAUCUUAUGUUACUCUUUCAAAUUCUUUUGUACCAUUUUUUGUUUUCUUUCUUUCUUUCUUUCUUUCUCUCUCAGUCUCAUAUAUUUUGUAACGUUAAUGCGGCAGUGAAGGCUAAAUCUGCCUAGCAUUGUUCUCUUGAUUAUUUUCUCGGCCAUUUCGAUUUUCUUGCCUCCCAAACAGGUGGCCAUGUUGGUUCCUCCAUGGCUUGAAUCAUUGCUAUCAACAGCCUUCUUCUCCAUCUGCCCAUCACACAAAGAUGCCCCCCGAAGCGAAUGCAACAUGUACUGCUUAGAUUGCAACAAUGGCGCAUUUUGCUUUUACUGCAGAUCAUCAAGGCACAAAGAUCACCAAGUAAUUCAGAUCAGGCGGUCGUCGUAUCAUGAUGUUGUUAGGGUGUCUGAGAUUCAGAAGGUCCUAGACAUCAAUGGAGUUCAGACUUAUGUGAUAAACAGUGCGAGAGUACUGUUUUUGAAUGAGAGGCCUCAGCCUAAAAAUGCCGUUAAAGGGAGCUCACAUAUCUGUGAAGUAUGUACUAGAAGUCUCUUGGACCCCUUGCGUUUUUGUUCAUUGGGAUGCAAGCUUGUGGGACUAAAGAAGAAUGGGGAAGCAAGCUUUAUCUUGAGCGCAAAGAAAGAAGAAGAGGAGGGAAGAAGGGAAGGAAUAGAAAUAAGAUUGCCAUCAAAAGAGUUAGAAGAUCGAUUGCCUCAAGGAAUGCAACAAGACAUGUACCAAAACACUCCAACUCCACCUCCACCUCAUCAUUCAAAUUCAAGGAGAAGGAAAGGCAUACCUCAUAGGGCACCUUUAGGGCCCUAAUUACAUAAUUAGUGUUUCCUAGAGCUUGCUUAGCCAGCUCAUUCCUCACAGGCUCCAUGUGUCCUAAACAUGGGGAAGCUGUCUUUAUGGGGUUUAAAAAGGAAUUAAAGUUGGGUUUAAGCACUUUUAAAUUGGGCUUGGGUUGGCUUUUGGGUGCAAUAAUGCUGCAUUAAUAUUUGAAACAUGCAAGGUGUAAAUGGCAUCCAGAUACACAUGAACCGUUUUAUAUGUAUAAAGAAACAACAGCUCAGCUUUUUUUUUCUUUUUUUUC